AUGGUUUUGACAAUUGCUCAAAGUUCAUUUUUAUCAAAUCAACAAAAUAAAAGUAGAUUCAUUAAAAUGUUAUCUAAAUACUUGGAGAAUAAUGGUUACACCGUUUUACAAGCAGCCGAUGAUGCCGACACAAUGAUAGUAAAUGAGGCGAUUUUAAAAGCAAAAAAUGAGCCUGAUGUCAUUGUAGUUGGAGAAGACAUAGACUUACUAGUUUUAUUGAUUGCUCUUACAAAUGAAGAAAAAAAUAUUAUAUUUUUAAAACCUGGGAAAGGAAAUAAUGAAAAACAUAUUUACUUCACUCAAGAAGCUCAAAAAAUAAAUGGAAUUAAACAAUCUAUUUUAUUUUUACACGCGAUAAAAAAAUAUCCGGACCUUCAACAAGUCAUAUCCAUUUUUAAUAAUCCAUAUUCAUCACAAGACGAAAUUUUAAAAUCAGGUGAACAUUAUGUUUUAAAACUUUAUGGAGCACCCGAUGAAGAACAUUCCAUCAAUAACUACCGUUAUACUUCUUUUGUCCGAAAUGCUUCAAAAACAAAAUUUAAUUUAGCUGGACUUCCUCCUACACAGGAAAGCUUAAAACAGCAUUUAUUCCGAACAUUUCACCAGGUGCAGACAUGGUACGGACGUGAGAUUAAUGCAGAACAUUGGGGAUGGAAAUCAACAAGUGACGGAUUACAACCAGUUUUUACAAAUGAUGAACCAGCGCCAAAAAGUAUUUUGGAAAAUAUUUCUUGUGGUUGUUUGAAAAACUGUGGAACGGCGUGUGGCUGUCGGAAACAAGGGAUGAAGUGCUCAGUUGCAUGUAAAACAUGCUACGGUGAAUCAUGCUCAAAUUCUCGCAUCGAAAUUCAACCAGAUGACCAGUUUAGCGAUUCCGAUUCAGAUCAAGAAGACGUCACAACAACAAAGCGAAAAAAAAUUUCAGUGGAAAAUGUAUGAUUAUGAAGAGGAAACAACA